AUGAUAUGCACCGCAUCAUCUCCUCUGCAGGGCUAUAAAGGUCAUCCAGGUCUCCCCGGCCUACCGGGAAUCGAUGGACCGGAAAUCACGAUCGAAGGACAAAAAGGGGACAAAGGCUGGAGAGGUAUCCGAGGCCCCGAUGGAACACCCUGUUUACUACAGGAAUUGACAUCGGGACCAAGGGGUCGACCUGGCUACGAUGGUCCUGUGGGUCCGAAAGGCGAUGAAGGUGAAGCGGGCACUACUGGAGAAUCUGGUGAGCAUGGAGAUGCUGGUGAUCCCGGUCGUGUCGGUGAGCCGGGUGACCGUGGUUUUGACGGCGAUACUGGUCGUCCUGGACCUGCCGGUAUGCCGGGCGACUCCGGUCGUCCGGGCGUGGAUGGUCUCGCCGGUUAUCCCGGUCCGAAGGGUCGUCCAGGGAAGCGUAUGUUGCUUAUUGCGCCGAUGAAGAUUGGCGUGUUUGAAGUUGAAAUGCUUUGGAUGAUGAUGAAUAUUGUUGUUAAGUAA